UCCGAGUAUUGUAGGGAAGAUGGCGGACAGCAGAGAAAAAGCGUUACAGGAUUACAGGAAGAAAUUAUUGGAACAUAAAGAAAUUGACGGCAGAUUAAAGGAGUUGAGGGAGCAGCUGAAGGAACAGACGAAGCAGUAUGAGAAAUCUGAGAACGAUCUGAAAGCUCUGCAGAGUGUCGGACAGAUUGUUGGUGAGGUGCUGAAGCAGCUGACGGAGGAGAAGUUUAUUGUGAAGGCCACUAACGGGCCGCGAUACGUAGUCGGAUGCCGUAGACAGCUGGAUAAGACGAAGCUGAAGUCUGGAACCAGAGUAGCGCUGGAUAUGACCACCCUCACCAUCAUGAGGUACCUGCCCCGUGAGGUGGACCCCUUGGUGUAUAACAUGUCUCAUGAAGACCCCGGAGUUGUUUCGUACUCUGAGAUCGGUGGAUUAUCGGAGCAGAUCCGGGAGCUCAGAGAGGUGAUCGAGCUGCCGCUGACCAAUCCUGAACUCUUCCAGCGGGUGGGGAUCGUUCCUCCUAAAGGCUGUCUGCUCUACGGCCCUCCAGGCACUGGAAAGACUCUGUUAGCGAGAGCUGUAGCCAGUCAGCUGGACUGUAACUUCCUCAAGGUGGUCUCCAGCUCCAUCGUGGAUAAGUACAUCGGCGAGAGCGCCCGGCUCAUCAGGGAGAUGUUUCAUUACGCCCGGGAUCACCAGCCCUGCAUCAUCUUCAUGGACGAGAUCGACGCCAUCGGCGGACGGCGUUUCUCUGAGGGAACGUCAGCAGAUCGAGAGAUCCAGAGAACCCUCAUGGAGUUGUUGAAUCAGAUGGACGGGUUCGAUACUCUACACCGGGUGAAGAUGAUCAUGGCCACCAAUCGUCCCGAUACGCUGGACCCGGCUCUGCUCCGACCAGGACGGCUGGACAGAAAGAUCCAUAUAGAGCUGCCCAAUGAGCAGGCGCGCCUGGACAUCAUGAAGAUCCACUCGGGUCCCAUCACCAAACACGGGGACAUCGAUUAUGAAGCGGUGGUGAAGCUCUCUGACGGCUUUAACGGAGCUGAUCUGAGGAACGUCUGCACUGAAGCCGGAAUGUUCGCUAUCCGAGCGGAUCGGGAUUUCGUCACGCAGGAGGAUUUCAUGAAGGCGGUGAGGAAAGUGGCCGACUCCAAGAAACUGGAGUCCAAACUGGAUUAUAAACCGGUGUGAGGCGGCCACGCCCGUCUGAGAGAACAUCAGCAACCCAGUUCCUCGGCGGACGGGAUCCUCUACCCACGCCCACGUUCUGUAUUGUUCUGUAGAGUUCUGACCUUGUUUCCAUGACGACGCUGCACAAAACCCUCGAUUAAAGUUUAUGAUGAAUGAA